AAGACAGCGAGGUUUCUGGUCAGGCGCGCGCCGCGGACAGCCCCUGCCUCAGGGGGGUCCUCGGCGGCCCCGGGAAAACCCGGGAGUCGCUGGAAGCCCAAGAUGGCGACAGCGGCCGCGGCAUCGGCUGCUGAACUGGAGGCUGAUCCCAAGGCGGGGCCCGAGGCUGAGGGCGAGGAGGACGAGGCGAAGGCGGACGGGGCCAGGAGGAAGGUGUUCACGCGCGCUGUUGCCACCGCGACCUACAAGUCCAUGGGGCCGGCGUGGGACCAGCACCAGCAGCGGGAGGAAGGCGUGAGCGAGAGCGAUGAGGAUGAGGAGUUCGCCAUGGCCUCCUCGGCGGAGAGCUCCCCCGGCGACGACGAGUGGGAGUACGACGAAGAGGAGGAGAAGACCCAGCUGGAGAUUGAGCGGCUGGAGGAGCAGCUGUCUAUCAACGUCUAUGACUACAACUGCCACUUGGACCUGAUCCGCCUGCUGCGGCUGGAAGGGGAGCUCACCAAAUUGAGGGGGGCCCGCCAGAAGAUGAGCGAGAUCUUCCCUCUGACAGAAGAGCUCUGGCUGGAGUGGCUGCACGACGAGAUCAGCAUGGCUGGGGACAGCCGGGACCGGGAGCAUGUGUACGACCUGUUUGAGAGAGCCGUGAAGGAUUACAUAUGUCCAAACAUUUGGCUCGAGUAUGGCCAGUACUCAGUCGGUGGGAUUGGUCAGAAAGGCGGCCUUGAGAAAGUCCGCUCUGUGUUUGAAAGGGCGCUCUCGUCUGUGGGUUUGCAUAUGACCAAAGGACUGGCCAUCUGGGAGGCGUACCGGGAGUUCGAAAAUGCCAUUGUGGAAGCUGCCCGGCCCAUGGCUGGCUUCCUUUCCCCUUUUGACCGGGAACAAACCUUUGAUUCACAGCUGGAGAAAGUGCACAGUCUCUUCCGGCGACAGCUGGCAAUCCCACUCUACGAUAUGGAGGCAACGUUUGCAGAGUAUGAAGAGUGGUCGGAAGACCCAGUGCCAGAGUCGGUGAUUCAGAGCUACCACAAAGCACUGCAGCAGCUGGAGAAAUACAAACCUUAUGAGGAAGCACUGUUGGAGGCAGAAACUCCCCGGCUGGCCGAAUAUCAAGCAUACAUCGAUUUUGAGAUGAAAAUCGGCGAUCCUGCUCGCAUUCAGUUGAUCUUUGAGCGUGCCCUGGUUGAGAACUGCCUGGUUCCAGACUUGUGGAUCCGUUACAGUCAGUACCUAGACCGGCAGCUGAAAGUCAAGGACUUGGUUUUAUCCGUACACAGUCGUGCUGUCAGGAACUGCCCCUGGACGGUGGCCCUGUGGAGUCGGUACCUCUUGGCCCUGGAAAGACAUGGAGUUGACCAUCAAGUGAUCUCUGUGACCUUCGAGAAAGCUUUGAGUGCUGGCUUCAUUCAGGCCACCGACUAUGUGGAGAUCUGGCAAGCAUACCUUGACUACCUGAGGAGAAGGGUUGAUUUCAAACAAGACUCCAGUAAAGAGCUGGAGGAGUUGCGGUCCGCCUUCGCCCGUGCUUUGGAGUAUCUGCAGCAGGAGGUGGAAGAACGUUUCAAUGAGAGUGGGGAUCCAAGCUGCAUGAUCAUGCAGAACUGGGCCAGGAUCGAGGCUCGGCUGUGUAAUAACAUGCAAAAGGCUCGGGAGCUCUGGGACAGCAUCAUGACCAAAGGAAACGCCAAGUACGCCAACAUGUGGCUUGAGUAUUACAGCCUGGAAAGGGCGCACGGCGACACCCAGCACUGCAGGAAGGCUCUGCACCGCGCCGUCCAGUGCACCAGUGACUACCCAGAGCACGUCUGUGAAGUGCUGCUCACCAUGGAGAGGACAGAAGGUACUUUGGAAGACUGGGAUAUAGCUGUUCAGAAAACCGAAACUCGCUUAGCCCGUGUGAAUGAGCAGAGGAUUAAGGCUGCGGAGAAGGAAGCCACCCUCGCCCAGCAAGAGGAGGAGAAGGCUGAGCUCCGGAAGAAGGCCCGGGCCGAGAAGAAGGCGCAGAGAAAGAAAAAGACCAGAGGCGCAGACAAGCGCAAAGCAGAUGAGGACAAUGAGAAUGAGUGGGGCGACGAGGACGAAGAGCGGCCUUCCAAGCGCAGGAAGCUGGAGAACAGCGUCCCCGCAGCCGCGGAGGCCCCGGAGGCCCCGGACCUGGCAGCGGAAACGGGUCUCUUUGGGAAAAGCGCCUCUGCAGACGACACCCCCGCCUCGAAGCAGAAGGAGAGGGCCGCCGCCCCGAAGAAGGACGUGCCCAAGGUGCCCCACGACAGCAGCAAGGACAGCGUCACCGUCUUUGUCAGCAACCUGCCCUACAGCAUGGCGGAGCCCGACGAGAAGCUGCGGCCGCUCUUCGAGGCCUGCGGGGAGGUGGCCGAGGUCCGCCCCAUCUUCAGCAACCGGGGCGACUUCCGGGGCUACUGCUACGUGGAGUUCAAGGAGGAGCAGGCGGCCCUGCAGGCGCUGCGGUUGGACCGGAGGGACGUAGGCGGGAGGCCAAUGUUCGUUUCCCCCUGCGUGGACAAGAGCAAAAACCCUGACUUUAAGGUGUUCCGGUACAGCACUGCCCUGGAGAAACACAAGCUGUUCAUCUCGGGCCUGCCCUUCUCCUGCACUAAAGAGGAGCUCGAAGAGAUCUGCCAGGCUCAUGGCACCGUGAAGGACAUCAGGCUGGUUACCAACCGGGCUGGCAAGCCGAAGGGCCUGGCCUACGUGGAGUACGAAAACGAGUCCCAGGCGUCACAGGCGGUCAUGAAGAUGGAUGGCAUGACUAUCAAAGAGAAUGUCAUCAAAGUGGCCAUCAGCAACCCCCCUCAGAGGAAAGUUCCGGAGAAGCCAGAGGCAAGGAAAGGACCAGGGGGCCCCACUGCGCCCCGGCAGACAUAUGGAGCGCGGGGGAAGGGAAGGACCCAGCUUUCCAUGCUGCCCCGCGCCCUGCACCGCCCGAGCGCCACUGGAGCCCAGGCCGAGAACGGCCCCGCCUCCAAGCCCGCGGCCACCGCCUCCGAGGUCACCGAGGCUCCCAAGAUGUCCAAUGCCGACUUUGCCAAGCUGCUUCUGAGAAAGUGAACGGGACUUGGAGAAGGGAGAUGCCUGCCUCCUUGCUGCCGGAGGCCCACCACCACCCAGCUGCACCGGGCACGGGAGGGCCCGAGGCAGCGCGGUGUCCCUGGCCUAGACAGAAGGGGGACGGGUGCCGAGCAGAGGCUGUCAGUGUUCCCUCACAUUGAGGGUGACAGGGAAACAGUCACUCCACGGCCUGGGCACCAGGGAUCGUUUCUAAGAUAUUUUUUGUCUUUAAGAGAAACGGGAGUGAAACUGGGACACACCCUUUGAGACACAUCUGUCCAAAUGUUUCACCAGCUCAGGCCCCUUCUUAUAAGACAUUUCUCUUACUCUGCACAGUCCGUAUGCCUGUCACUCUUUUAUAAAGGACGAAACGGCAAAAGCUAGCAAUUCACCAGAAUGGCCUAUUUUAGUAAAGGGGUGGGCAAGUCACCUGAAAAACAUGUGGUGGAUUUUUGUCUUAGGGGCUGUGCAUUUUUAUAUUAUGUAUUUGUGACACAUCAAUUCACUGUUUCCUCAAAGCAAAAUAUGUGACAUUUGUUUUGUACAGGAAUUCUGUGCGCCACCUGCCGUGGACCAUUUUCUUUGCCUCGUGAAUAGUGGGCUGUGUUGUUCUUUGUCUAAAUAUUGAGUUUCAGCCCUUAGGUUUUGUUUAAAUGCCAUGUCAGUGCAAACUUCAACUUUCCUCAUGUAGCUUUGUUUAUUAAACCGAAGUUCUCUUAAGAACCUCUUGCAGAAUGGUGCUCCGCUGUGCAUUCCAACUUGGGUGUGUUUUGAAAUUCGUGUACCUUGCUUUACCUGGCGGGUGUGUAAGUAGAACUUUUAAAUCAAAGUGACUGGGGUUUGACUUACAAGUCUUUUCAGCUGUGGUGUGUCUUCAGCUUUAACCUUCAUAAAGAAGAGGGCUGAAGUCCUGACACAACCCCUCCUGCAUCCUCCUGACAAUGGGACCACCUCUUGAAAAAGACAACAUAGUCUCAGGCAUUUAAUAUAAUAAAAAUACUUUAUUAGAGUCAGUUAUUUAAAAUAAUGUCCUUCACAUAUAGCUAAAGUGCCAAUUUCCAUAGUAAAAGCAAGGACUUCCAUCAGGCUUCCUUGGUGAGCUUUAUAAAAUCAAGACGACAGAUUUAAGGUUAAAUACCGUAUGGCAGCACACAAGUAUGAAAAUACUUUUAUAAAGGUCUGAGUAAUUAUCACUUGGGGCCAUUUCCUACAUCUUUAUACUUAUUUUCCAGAAAACCAUUCUGAAUGUGCUUGUUCAACAAUUAACUAUAAUCUAAACACUUGCUACAUAAGAGCAGUGACCUCAUUACUAUCAGGAUCUGAAUUCUCACAUCAGAGACAACAUCUUUUCACCGACAUUCAAAGUGCAGCGCAGGGUUAGGCAUCACGGCUCUGCCCAUUCUCACUCAGCAGCAGCAGCUGUAAUGGCACCUGAGCCGUAUGUGAUUGAAAGAGGAGAGUCUACGUCAUAGGAGGACAGCUUGCCCAUGUGACAUAAAACAUUUAUAAGUUAGGAAAGUAAGGCCACUCCAAGACGAUCUAUUCUGCCUCCCCCAGGGGGAGGCUGGACAAACAGGGGCUGUGGGAAGGGGGACAGGUGAGCAGGUGCUGUGCUCGGAGGGUUUUUGUGGUUUAGCAUAAACUGGUGCUCUAACGAACUCACUGAGAUGCUGACACGGCAUCUGAUUUCUUUAACAUCUACCGAUAGGAGAUGCUGAACUCGGGGGGUGAGGGCAGACUCGCGCGACUGCACGAUACCUGGCUGGCAGCAGGAUCAGCUGUUUGGUGAAAGCCCAGGGAGCUGUCAGACUAACACAGCUGGUCUGAGUUGCUGCAAAUGAAGUGAGAGAAACAUCAACAGACAAACCAGGGUGGCCGUUCCCUUAUUAGAAAAAUAACCUCUGACACUAGAGUCUGCAAACUAUGGCUCUUCCCUGAAGUAAGCAAGGUAAAACUACAAAUGGCAACACUCAUUUCUUUCAUUUUGGAUCUCGGAAGUUUGCCCUGACAGAAUUAGACACACGACUAACACCUCUACGAAAGCAAGCUUUCAAUCAUUUCUCGAAAUUGGGAUCAGGUUUUCCCGGGAGUGCUGACCUCCAGGCAGUCAACAGAGCUUUCCAGCCGGCCUCAGAGGAUUCGUCCUGUCUCUGGACCUCACCCCCGUGUUGGCCUCUCCUUUCCUUAGUGCAAAUUCUGCUCCAGAACUGGUCUGGUCAUGCAAGGAGCACGGGUGCCCCCACUGCCUGCUGGGACCACCACACGAUGGGCCGCCAGCACGGACGGCAGACACUUACUGGCUCAAAAGAAGAAAAUAAAUAACUUGGCUGAAUUAUAAGUUAUCUUAGAGACGAGGCUUAAUAACUUAGUUAUUUUCUUU